GAAGAACGCGAGGCAGGGUCGGUGGCCCCUCAGUCCUGUCGGUCGCCUCCAUGUAGCUGCACCUCGAAGCCCCCGGGUCUGCUGCGCCUCCGCCGACGGAUCCCUCGAGUGCCAGCAGCGAGGAACUCCCGCGAAGCCCCUCCGUCAUGAGGCCCCAAACCGACGCCGGAGACCUGGCGACGACGCCCUGCGGGAGUUCAGGCUCUGUGGCCUCUCUGCCGGCGCCCCCCAUUUACCUCACCGGCUACGCCCUCAAGAGGGGCUCCGUCCGAAUCGAGGCUUCCUGGCUCUCGUGGCUCCUCAUGACGUGGCUGAUUCCUUUGAUGAAGACCGGGUAUUCGCGGCCACUGGACUCGGGUGAUUUGUAUUGCGUUCAGCCCCAAGAUGCGUCACAGGGCCUGGGAGAUCGCCUUCAGAAAAAAUGGGACGAGGAGCUGUCCAGGAGUAAAGCCAAAGGGAAGAAACCCAGCUACUUGAAGUCCUUGGUGCAUUGCUUCGGCUGGGAGUACGCGAGGGUGGGUCUCCUCGCUGCCUUUGAGGAGUGCGUGCUGAGAAUUGGCCAGCCACUCUGCCUGGGAGGCCUGAUCCGCUAUUUCAAUGGGGAGCCAGGAUACACAACGGUGGAUGGAUGGCUGUUCGCAACUGGAGUGGUGAUGGGGUCUUUGCUUUACAUAUUCUCACAUCACCCCUUCUUUUGGGGCAUUCAACAUAGUGGCAUGCAGAUUAGGGUAGCAAGCUGUGCCUUGAUAUACAGAAAGGCAUUACGCCUAAGCAAGGCUGCGCUGGGAAAGACCACAAUCGGGCAGAUGGUGAACUUGUUGUCUAAUGACGUCAACCGAUUUGAUACAAGUGUCAUCUUCAUCCAUUAUCUUUGGAUUGGUCCUCUUCAGACAGCUAUUGUAUUGGGAAUCUUGUGGCAAGAGUUAGGACCUUCUUGCUUAGCAGGGAUUAUGCUCUUGAUUCUCUUUGUGCCUCUUCAAAGCUGGAUGGGUAAAGUCUUCUCCAAGCUGAGAUUAGCUACAGCACAUCGCACUGACGAGCGUGUAAGGAUUAUGAAUGAAAUCAUCAAUGCCAUGAGAGUUAUAAAGAUGUACACUUGGGAAAAGCCUUUUACAGCACUAGCUGAACAAGCAAGAAAGUCUGAGAUUGAUGUGAUCAUGAGGACUAAUUAUUAUAGAGCUGUCAAUAUGUCUCUCUUUUUCACUUCUUCAAAAGUUAUUGUAUUUUUAGCAUUGCUGACCUAUAUUCUGACAGGCAAUGCAUUGACAGCUGAAAAGGUCUUUGUCACCAGUUCUUUGAUCAACAAUGUCAGACUUGUUAUGACAUUGUUCUUCCCCUUUGGUAUUGCUAUGGGAGCAGAGACCAACAUAUCAUGCAGAAGAAUUCAGGAAUUCCUGGUAAUGGAAGAGAGGGAAGAUACCAGCAGUGUCCAGAAAUCCAAUCUAAGGCCAAAACUGAAGGACUGUGGAGUAACAAUAAAUGGAGUGACAGCCAAAUGGAGUGAUGCAACAGAAGAGAACACCCUGAACAACAUCUCAUGUUCUGUCAAAGCUGGAGAACUACUGGCUGUCAUAGGUCCUGUGGGCUCAGGAAAGGGUUCACUUCUUCACGCAAUUCUUGGGGAGUUGCCAGCAAAGUCUGGUUCAAUAUCUGUCCGUGGCAAGGUGGCAUAUGCAUCUCAAGAGCCAUGGGUGUUUUCAGGGACAGUGAAGCAAAAUAUUCUCUUUGGACAACCUUAUAAUGAAAAGAAGUACAAUGAAGUUAUUAAAGUAUGUGCAUUAGAGCGAGAUUUGGAACUACUGCCAAUGAAAGACAUGACAAUGGUUGGUGAGCGUGGUGUUUCACUCAGUGGUGGCCAGAAAGCAAGAGUUAAUCUUGCCAGGGCAGUUUAUUAUGAUGCAGACAUCUACCUACUGGAUGACCCACUUAGUGCUGUUGAUACUCAUGUCGGACGUCACCUGUUUGACCAGUGUAUAAUGGGCCAUCUAAAGCACAAAGUUCGGAUCCUGGUGACACACCAGCUACAAUACCUUAAAGAAGCAAAUGAAAUCUUAGUUCUGAGAGAGGGUCAUCCUGAAGCAAUUGGAAAGUACCAUCAGUUGGUCAACAGUGGAAUAGACUUUGCCUCACUUCUAGCAGAAGGUCAUGAGGAAGAAAAACCAACAUCCCCUUCAAGACAACCUAGCACAAAAAGUGCCAAGAAGAAUGGCUUUAUUCCAACAGGAAAGUUUAUGCAAGAGGCUGAAAAAUUUGGAUCCUCAUUAUCUCUCACGAGGAGAGGGCGUGUCCGCAACGACUCCGUUGCCUCUGUACAUGACUCUGUUGAGGCUGAAAACAUCCUAACCAUUUCUGGAGCUCAUUUGGCAGGAUCAAGCUUGUCAAUUGAUGAGGAAGUUAAUGACACACCUACUAAAGCUGCAAAGAGACGGAAAGCAGAGAGAAGACUGAGGAACAUUCAAGAGGAGAAAUCAGAGCCGCUGCUGAAAGACAUGGAUGAUGGUGCUGACAAAGAUGGGGCUGAAGAGGGCCAGGAUGGUGCUGAAGCGAGGUCAGUUGGAUCAGUCAAAGCUAGCAUAUACCUUAAGUAUUUCCUGGCUGGAGGUGGCUGGUUUCUGAUGAUUGUGCUCUUCUUGGCCAAUGUCCUCACCCAAGUCCUCUUUUCUGGGACUGAUUACUGGCUUUCUUACUGGGCAAAUGGUGAACAAAUCCGUGCAAGGUUACUUCUCGAGGCCAGUGAAAAUAUGACAUUGGCAGUUAAUGGGUCUGCUAUAUCUUAUCAAGAUGCACCAGUUCCAGAGGGCUACCUUGACACAAUCACUAAUGUUUAUGUGUAUGCUGGUCUGACUGCUGGGUUGUUCGUGCUCUCACUGGGACGCACUGUGAUGUUCUUUGUGAUGUGUAUGACAUCCUCAAGAAAUCUACACAACAGAAUGUUUCAGUCAGUAAUUCGAGUCCCAAUAAAAUUUUUCGACACACACCCAGUUGGUCAGAUUCUAAAUCGCUUCACAAAGGAUCUUGGCCAAAUAGAUGACUUUCUGCCGGGAACAAUGUGGGAUUUUCUUGAAAUUCUCCUGAACUUCCUUGGUAUCAUUGCCGUGAUUGCUUCCAUCAAUAUCUGGGUCCUUAUCCCCACCCUGGGCCUUGGAGUCGUCUUCGUGUUCCUAAGACGCUUCUACCUCAGCACUGCCCGUGAUGUCAAGCGACUAGAAGGAAUCACUCGAAGCCCUGUGUUCUCACACCUCAGUGCUUCUCUUCAAGGCUUGACCACAAUACGUGCUUUUGAAGCCCAGCAGAUAUUCAUGGAUGAUUUUGAUACUCAUCAGGAUCUACAUUCAUCAGCUUGGUUCCUUUUCUUGUGCACUACUCGUUGGUUUGGAAUUUGUUUAGACUGGAUUUCUUGUAUUUACAUUGCCAUUGUGACAUACAGCUUCAUGGGUAUGCAAGAUUCCCUUGGAGGAGACAUUGGUCUGGCCAUCUCCUCUGCUAUGAUGCUCAGCGGGAUGUUUCAGUGGGGUGUCAGACAAUCAGCAGAAGUGGAGAAUCAGAUGACCUCAGUGGAACGUGUUCUAGAGUAUUCAAAACUGGAACCAGAAGCUGCACUAGAAACUGACCAAGAUAAAACUCCCAAGGCUGGUUGGCCUGCAAAGGGAGAAAUUAAGUUUGAGGAUGUUUCACUUCAGUACAGUCCUAAUGAUGCACCAGUGCUGAAGAAUCUCAACUUCUGCAUUAAGGCAAAUGAAAAGAUUGGCAUUGUAGGUAGAACAGGAGCAGGAAAAUCAUCCAUGUUAACAUCCCUGUUUCGUUUAACUGAACCAGUUGGUGUUAUUUACAUUGAUAACAUUGCUGUGAAAGAGUUGGGCUUGCAUGAUGUACGAGGAAAUAUCUCCAUCAUCCCACAAGAUCCAACUCUGUUCUCCGGAACCAUGAGGAGAAAUCUGGAUCCCUUUGACCAGUAUGAGGAUGAGGACUUGUGGAGAGCACUAGAGGAGGUGCAGCUAAAGGAUGCAGUGUCUGAUCUCGAAGGAGGUCUAGAGGCUGUUAUGUCAGAAGGAGGUAGUAAUCUUAGCGUAGGACAACGGCAGUUAGUUUGCUUGGCAAGGGCUAUCCUUAGGCACAACAGGAUUCUUGUGCUGGAUGAAGCUACUGCCAAUGUAGACCCAAGAACUGAUGGGCUCAUCCAGCAGACUAUACGCUCAAAAUUCAGAAACUGCACUGUACUCACUAUAGCACAUCGACUCCACACCAUCAUGGACAGUGACCGAGUCAUGGUGUUAGAGGCUGGCAGACUUGAGGAGUUUGAUGAACCAUAUAUUCUCUUACGAAACCCCAAUUCUAUGUUUACAAAAUUGGUGGAGCAGACAGGCAAGGCUGCAACAGAACAGUUGCGAUUGAUUGCAGGAAGGGCUUAUCAAGCAAAACAUGGGCAGGUGGCUAAUUUGUCAGUAGAAGAAGAAAGCACAAGUGAGGCACCACAAUCAACCUCGUCAAGAGACAGUCAGCCUCAACACGAUAAGAAUGAAGACCAGACCUUACAAAGACCCGGCAAUCAAGAUGAUGUUCCUUUAGAAGCUGGCCAAGAUGAUAAGCCAGCCUGUUAAGAAUUUCAUGUUCAAAUAAAUCAAUAUCAGGGUUAUAUAAGUAAGAUGCUAUAUACAUUUCUGGGGUUGAAUAUUGUUAUGUUUAUAGUUGGAGGAAAUAGGGUAGCUUGCACAUAUUUUCAGUGGUCAGUACUAAUAACACAUGUGCAGUGCUUAUAAUCAUCUGUUAAUGUAUGAAUACAUCUUUGGCUGGCUGUUUGUAAAUAUUUUUUUCUUUUAUCUAACAAUUUUAUGUUCCAUGAGUUUGAUUAGCUAUGAUGGUUGUGAAAUUUCUAUUUAUGCAAUGCAAAGAGUUCUCCUGUAAAGAUCAUGCAGCAAAGAAGAUAAUUGAAAACUAAUGAUUUUCUAUUGUUGAAAAAACACAUAUUGAAAUGCCAUAAAACUACAAACACAAAGAGGAAAGAAAUGUAUUUAAUAAUUAGAAUUUGCUGAGAGUUAUUAGCAUGUUUUAUUACACUACAUGUAAUUUCAUAGAAUAGAUGUAAAAUUCAAAGUAUAUUCAGAAAAGUUAUUUUUUUUAUGAAUACAUUAUUUUGUUAUAAAAUGAUGAUUUUACCUUGUAUUCAGUGGAAUAGAAAUUUUACCAUUUUUCUCAACAACUAAGAUUGCCUUAGUUAAAAUGACCAUAAGUAAAGUCAACGGGUGAUUUUACGAUGCACAAGCCCUCUCUCCCGGGUUGUAUUGAUAGUGGCCCGGGCCCCACUGCUGGGGGCUCGUGUCGUCACCCUAGCAUGUGUGGCAUGAGCAUCCAUGCCCUCGGAAAAGGGGAUUGGCACACCAUGGCAUGCAUGCACAUUCCACCCGGAAUGUAGCCCAGGCAUGCCAUGGCAUGUAUGUACAUGCCACCCAGCAGCUAAGGGUUAAUUAUUUUAAGACAGCUGAUAGUGAUACUCUGGCCUGGUAAAUGGAUAUUGUUUUGUUUUUAAAAAGAGUAAUUCUCAUAUUUUCUUUGUUUGAGUUUCCUAAUAUGAUAUCACCUGUGAUUUUAUCAAUUUCCAUAUUUGAUAUAUAUAUUUAUUUAUUUAUAUAUAUAUAUAUAUAUAUAUAUAUAUAUAUAUAUAUAUAUAUAUAUAUAUAUAAAAGAAUAUAUAUGUUAUAUAAUCCAUAAUAGAAUAUCCUUGUAUGUGCCUCAAUGCAUGUGUUCAUAAGUGUGCAUGCAAGAGAGUGAGUGAAUGCAUGAAUGGAUAUAUGUCUGUGUGUGUCUGUGAAAGAGUAAGAGAGAGAGAGAGAGAGGGAAUGAGUUAGUUAGUGUGAGUAUGUUUUUUCUCGUACAUAUACUUAGGUGUGUGUAUAUGUGUGUCUUAUGUUAUUAUACAACUAUGUACAGGUAUAUAUAUACAUGUGAAUAUAGAUGCAGACAGCACAUUUGUAUUUGAAAAUUGUUUCCCUUUUUUUUAUUUACCAUGUACUUCCUUUACAAGAUUAUAACUAAAUACAUACAACAGUAAUAAUUUUUAAUAAUAAAUGGAUCAUAUUAA